ACCGUGUAUUCGACAAGCAUGGGCAGGAAGUCCGAGCAUGUGCAGACAGUGACCUCGUCACCGGAGUACAGUGGUAUGCGACCAUCUCCAUCUGAUGCUUAUGGAGCCACCCUUCAAAUAAUGGUCUGAGGACAAGCGGCCAGAAGUGUGUUCAGCGAUCUCUGCCUCGGUCGUGGACUUGCUCGCAUUGCGGCGGCCAGAGCACGCUCGCACGGAAGUACUCUGCCAUCCCACACACACCCUCCCUUCCCCUUUACACUUACCAAUCCACACACCGUGCAUAGGGAGGCAGUGCGUGUGUGUGUUUGUGUGUGCCGGGUGCUACCGUGUGGACUUGUCCGGCGCGGAAGGGGGGGGAGCAGAGCGCCGGUGGGCCCACUCUGACCAUGCCAGUGUGGGGGGGAAGGCUGAAGCGCAGUCUGCCUCUCUGCCUCCAGAGCUCCAAUCCUGUACUGCUUCUUCUUCUGCUGCUUGGAAGCUUCUCUCUGCACACGCCUGCAAAAGGCAACAUAUUGGACAGCAUGUUACUGCGCGCGUCCAGCAAGGAGGCGUCAGAGGGCAGGAAGGAGAACGGCGGAAGCACGUCCACCGCUUCCUCGUCGCAGAGACUCCUGUGGUGUCACUGCUACCACCACUGUCCUGACGACUCCGUUAACAACACAUGCAGGACUGAUGGUUACUGUUUUACCAUGGUGGAGGAAGAAGGAGGCGUACCGGUCUUAAGUGCAGGCUGUCUGGGGCUUGUUGGAUUUGAGUUUCAGUGUCGAGACACCUGGAGCUCGCAUCAGAGGAAGUCACUGGAAUGUUGCACGGAUCAAGAUUACUGCAAUCAAAACCUUCACCCUACUCUGCCGCCGCUUAAACCUCCUCGUAAGUUUGUCUCCUUUACUGUUUGUUCUGGGAUUAUACCGCUAACAUAUUUUUUUUGUCUACUUCUUGCAGUUUACGUCGAUGGAAAAAUCCGCCACGUGGCCUUGUUUAUCUCAGUCACGGUCUGCAGCAUCAUACUGGCUGCUAUCAUUGUCUUCUGCUACUUCAGAUACAAGCGCCAGGUGUCCCGCCCUCGCUACACCAUAGGCCUGGAGCAGGAUGAGACUUUCAUCCCUCCUGGAGAGUCCCUGAAGGAUUUGAUAGAGCAGUCGCAAAGCUCUGGUUCAGGCUCAGGGCUCCCUCUGUUGGUUCAGAGGACCAUCGCCAAGCAGAUUCAGAUGGUGAAGCAGAUAGGUAAAGGACGGUACGGUGAGGUCUGGAUGGGACACUGGCGAGGAGAGAAGGUGGCCGUCAAAGUUUUCUUCACCACCGAAGAGGCCAGCUGGUUCCGAGAGACUGAAAUCUAUCAGACGGUCCUGAUGAGGCACGAGAACAUACUUGGUUUCAUCGCAGCAGACAUCAAAGGGACCGGCUCGUGGACUCAGCUCUACCUGAUCACUGACUACCACGAGAACGGCUCAUUGUACGACUACCUCAAGUCCACCAUGCUGGACAGCAAGGCCAUGCUGCGACUGGCCUACUCGUCCGUGUCGGGCCUGUGCCACCUCCACACCGAGAUCUUUGGCAUGCAGGGCAAGCCCGCCAUCGCUCACAGGGACCUGAAGAGCAAGAACAUCUUAGUCAAGAGGAACGGCGCCUGCUGCAUCGCCGACCUGGGACUGGCUGUCAAAUUCAUCAGCGACACCAAUGAGGUGGACAUCCCUCCUAACACCAGAGUGGGCACCAAGCGCUACAUGCCCCCCGAAGUUCUGGACGAGACCCUGAACAGAAGUCACUUCCAGUCGUACAUCAUGGCUGACAUGUACAGCUUUGGACUUAUCCUGUGGGAGAUUGCUCGCCGCUGCGUGUCCGGAGGCAUCCUGGAGGAGUACCAACUGCCCUACCACGACCUGGUCCCCACGGACCCUUCAUACGAGGACAUGAGGGAGGUGGUGUGCAUCAAGAAGCUGCGGCCCUCCUUCCCCAAUCGAUGGACCAGUGAUGAGUGUUUGCGACAGAUGGGAAAGCUGAUGACGGAGUGUUGGGCUCACAAUCCCGCCUCUCGCCUCACAGCUUUGCGUGUCAAAAAGACGGUGGCCAAGAUGUCGGAAUCCCAAGAUAUCAAGUUGUGAUGUUUUCUUUGGGGGGGGGGCGUCACGCCACGCCGUGCUUUCUGUGAAAGCUAACUUAGCUCGUAGACGACAAAGAAGAUGAAGUGGCGAUCAGAAGAUGUUCUUCAAAAGGCCAUCGGUACCUGCAGCCUGAACCCCGCCCCUUGACCCUUGACCCUUGAAACCGGCCUCGUUAGGGACACGGCCUGACACUAUGUGACAGACAAAAGGUAUAAACUGUGAGACUUUCUACAGGAUGGUUACAUUUGUGGAGUGAACACAUCUCUCUCUGUGAAACAUAUUAAAGGUAUUUGUUAGAAGCUCA